AUGACUGUCACAUGACUGCAGUGUAUUUCCCUUUCCUUUUGGUUGAACACACGAGUGAACACUAAAUAGUGGUUUCAAAUCACCAACAAUUCAAUCACAAUUACACCAACUCUUGGACAACGAUGGUUGUGAAACUGAAGGCCGCCGCCAAAGCGCACCCGAAGGGAAAGGGAGGCAAAGGAGGCAAACGAAAGAAGUUGCAGUUGAAGUACUGGUUAGACUGUUCCCGACCUGUCGAGGACGGCAUUAUGAACGCCUCAGACUUCGAGACAUACCUGAAGGAGCGGAUCAAAGUGAACGGUAAGACACAGAACCUGUCGAAUCUGGUGACUGUCGAGCGCACAAAGUCCAAGAUAUGUGUCACGAGUGACAUCCCCUUCUCGAAGAGAUAUCUGAAGUAUUUGACCAAAAAGUACCUCAAGAAGAAUAAUCUGAGGGAUUGGCUGCGAGUGGUGUCCACCGCUAAAGACAUCUAUGAGUUGCGGUACUUCCAGAUCAACAACGAGGAGGAGGACGACGAAGAGGAUAAUGAGUGAAGCAAUCAUUGGUCCGAAUAAAUGAUCAGUUUUUUGUCACUUUAAUAACUCUUUGUUUUGAUUGAAUUUGAAAUAAAAUUUAGUUUUUUUGUUUCAAAUAUGAA